CCCCCCUCAUUAUUAGCAUCAUUAUUAUUAUUUUUUUUGAGAUCUAGAUUUUUUUUUUCCUCUCCUUGGGGUUGGAAGUGUUGGUUGCCUUGGGCAUUUUGGGAUAUAAUGUGUUUACUGCUGCGUCUCGUGCUUGCUUCCUUUUCUCAACCCCUAGGGGCAAAACGCAGUAUAUUUCCUUUGGACGAUGCAGUGAACAGGGGCAGAAGGAGUUGUAAAUACCGUUUUUUUUUCCCUUUUUUUUUCUUUUUUAGGGAAAAAAACCCCAUGCUAUGCCUUGCUAAGCUCCCCCCAUCCCCUGUCCAAGCAGAGAAGAAACUGUUUCGCUUUGGUUUCCAUCUUUCUUAUUUUUUUAUAUGAUUAUUAUGAUUAUUUUUCCUUUUUUUUAAAAAAAAAUGUUUCUGUGGAGCUGAGCUGCAGCGUCAGUGGAUCAGAAAGAGAGAGAGAGAGAAAGAGAGAGAGAGAGACAGAGAGAGACAGGGAGAGGGGGAGACAGGCAACGUUGGUUUGGCCCUAACAAAAUGGAGAGAGGCAGCAGAUGCCUGUCCAGCUAGCUGGCUGCCUCUUCUCUGGCAUGCAUGCAUGUGCAUUUGCACGCAGCUUGGAAGGACUGGGAAGGACAGGAUUUGGCAUGACAGACACCUGCCAGCGCGAUGCAGUCCUGGGAGCCCAGGAAGGGAUAAAACACACCCCGGAGUAGUUUGGAAAGUAAAGUAAUGUUGACACUGCGGGGGGGGGGGGGGAGUGGAAGGGGGGGGGUGCUCCUUGUGAGUGGCUGGAAGGUCUGUCUGGAUCUCAUCCUUGCUAUACAAAGAUGUCCUAUCAGAUCCCAAGCCCUUAAGCCAAGCUUGGCAGCAUUUAGACAACUUUAAAUUACUCAGUCGUGAUUUGCAUAUUGUCUUUUGCGGGCCCCCCCCCAGGUAAAUACCCGCCUCCCCCAUAUAAGUUAUGGAUAGAUAUCGAAACUACAGAGGGGUUGGAGUGGGGGGAGAAAUAGACUGUGCACUAACCUGCUCUGUGUUCCUUCGGGGUGGUGUGUGUGUGUGUGUGUGUGUGUGUGUGUGUGUGUGUGUGUGUGUGUGUGUGUGUGUGCGUAAGGGGGGGAUUGUCGGUAGAACAGCCUUUCUGGAAGGUGGCACAUUCACCAGCUCUUGCUUCUCAUUUUUGCUUAGGGUAAGCUGAUGGCUGAUCUUCUUGCAUAUAUAUCUAUAUCUAUAUAAAUAUAAUAUAUAUAUGCAGAUCAAGAAGCGUAUAUGCAUAGAUAUAUAAGCUUUUUGAUCUGUAUACGCACACACUCCCAAAAAGCUUAGAUAGAUAGAUAUCUACAUCUAUCGAUAGAUAGAUAGAUAGAUAGAUAGAUAGAUAGAUAGAUAGAUAGAUAGAUAGAUAGAUAGAUAGAUAGAUAGAUAGAUAGAUAGAUAGAUAGAUAGAUAGGAGUUUUGGGGGGGCUGAUCUCUGCAAGAUCUGUCGAUGUGGUGGGGGGAAGUUUUAAUCUGGAGGGAUCUCUAAAAUCUAGCAAGGGGGAGUUUUAAUCUGGAGACAUCUCUAAAAUCUAGCGGGGGUGGGGUGGGGGGGCUGGGAAUCAUUAGAAAUAAAACAGUGGGGGUUUAUUCUUUUAUGUCUCCUUCCUCAUUCCUGUCUCCUUUUUUUUGGAGGGGGGUGGCAAGGGUUUCCAGCUGCUUCCCCAUCCUGACCCCGUUGCUCCCAGUCCGGAGGCUCACAAACAACAACACACGCACACACACGCACACACACACAAAUUGGAUACAUUUUGAAAAAGCUUUUGGUUCCUUAUCCGGGGACUAACCUGGCGGGUGUGAUUGGCCCAGGCGGUCACAUGGUAAAACUAACUUUACGGGGUCGCCAGCUAGUAGGAGGGCUUUAUGGAGCAGAAAAACGACAAAGCGAGAAAAAUUAUUUUCCACUCCAGAAAUUAAUGAUCAUGAGCUCCUAUUUGAUGGACUCUAACUACAUCGAUCCGAAAUUUCCUCCAUGCGAGGAAUAUUCGCAAAAUAAUUACAUCCCAGACCACAGUCCGGAAUAUUACAACCGGACCAGGGAGUCCAGCUUCCAGCAUCACCAUCAAGACUUGUACCCACCAGCACGACCCAGCUACCCCGAGCGCCAGUACAGUUGUGCCAGUAUCCAAGCUCCGGGCAAUCCUGCUGCUCACCAAAGGGGACAUGGGCCAACUCCAGGAGGCCAUCACCUCUCAGAGAAACCGCAGCAGCUCUGUGAGCAGGCUGCUCUUUCCACCUCCUCCACCUCUCCUUCCCCAGCCCCACCAUCCUGCAACCAGGUAAACCCCGAGCAUCCUAGCAGCACAGCUUCUAAGCAGCCCAUAGUCUAUCCAUGGAUGAAAAAAAUCCACGUCAGUUCUGUGAAUCCCAAUUACAAUGGAGGCGAGCCCAAGCGCUCCAGGACUGCGUAUACAAGGCAGCAGGUCUUGGAAUUGGAAAAGGAGUUUCACUAUAACAGGUACCUGACCAGGCGAAGGCGCAUCGAGAUCGCCCACUCUUUGUGUCUCUCGGAAAGGCAGAUCAAAAUCUGGUUUCAGAACAGGCGGAUGAAAUGGAAAAAGGACCAUCGGCUGCCCAAUACCAAAGUCCGCUCCUCCGCGCCAGCGAACCCGGCUCCCAGCACCAUCGCGGCUGCUAGCACGGCUCCCAGUGAGGACCUCUCCCCCCCCGCAGCCCCGGAGCAGCGAGCAGACGAUAUCACAAGGUUAUAAACCAACCUCACACCCCCCCCUCCAGACUGACUCUUGAUUAUUUAUAGAAUCUAAUAUAUAUACAUAUAUAUAUAUAUUUUGGUUCUCUUCCCCCCCUUGUAGUUUCCCUGUGCGUAUAUAUAUAUAUAUAUAUAUAUAUCUAUAUAUAUAUAUAAAAAAAAAAAGGAAAAAAAAAUACAAUGAAGUCUACAAGACCAAGGCUUUAGAUGCAUGUGAUAUAGCAUGGAGCCAGGUGGCAAUUACCUGCAGGUUUUUUAACGCCGUUUCAGGGUUUUAUUUAUUUUUUAAGGGGUGGGGUUGGGUGGGGAUGGGAGGGAGGUGUAUGUGUUCUGUUCGAUGAAUUUAAUGAGCAAAUAAUAAUAAUUGCAAAAAAAAGAAGAAAAAAGCAAGAAAAAAAAAAAGCAAGCGAAAAGAAUGUAGGUCUUUUGCCCUCUGCAUUACAAAUGCACAAUGGUCUAAGGAGAAUGGGGGAAAAAAUGGAGCUUUGAAGUUCUUAGGGGGGGGUUGGUUUUUUUUUUUGUUUUGCUCUGUGAAGGAGGAAAAGCUAAAAUAAUCAUGAUUAAAAAUACAAAAGAAGAAGAAAGCAGCACAGAACCAGGGUGAGCGAAGAAGUGAUUGGAAAAAAACCUGAGAAGGGGGAUAAUAAAAGGAAGAGAUAGUGGCAUAUUUAAAAGAGAGAGAGAACGAGAGAGAGAGAAAGGUUUAAAAAGUCAGUAGCUAGUUUUUUUGUCGUGGUUAUUUGUGUUUUUGGACUGAUUUUCCAUGAUCAUUGUAAACUUGCAAUAAAGAGUUUUAGUGUGUAUGUGAAAGUCCAAGUGUUCAAUAAAUCAGUGAGUGUGAAUUAGUUUUA